AUGACUGAAUUGGAGCCAAUUGGGACCAAGCAGAAGAGUCGUCGAAAAAAUCGGCGAAAAAGGAGACGUUCAGAAUCAACAAGUUCAGAAGAGGAGUGGUUCAACAGCGAUGAAAGUAUCCACGAAGAUAAGAUUUCUGAAGAUCAGGAAGAACAACAGUUUGCUAGUGGACCUUGGACAUAUGAUCUCGAUGUUGUGCUCGUAAAGAAGGAGUUUGAAAUCAAAGAUAUAUGUCAAGAAAUGAAUGCUUCCGAUUUUACUGUUGAAUAUUUGGAAGAAAAUGGUUUGGAGAAGCCUCUGCUGUUCAGAGAUUCACUGAGCUCACUUGGAAUGAAGAUGCCAAAAGAUGGGACGCUUACUGUGCGAUGUGUGCUAAAAGCAGUUGGUGAUCGUUUGGUUGAAGUGGUUGAUGUGAUGACACAAGGCAGCCGGCAAAUGAUGCUCAGUGAUUUUGUUGAUUAUUACGAAUCUCCAUCGGCAGAACGAAAGGAUUUGCUUAACUUACUUUCACUUGAAUUUUCUCUCACGCCGCUUUCGAAAAGAGUACGAGGACCAACGCUAGCUCAAGAAAUCGACUGGGUUGAGCUAUAUUGGCCAAAAGAUUUGCGGAACUCCCCAUCUACUUUUCCUAAAGUACAGAAUUACUGCUUAAUGAGUGUUAAAAGAUCGUUCACUGAUUUUCAUAUUGAUUUCGGUGGCACAUCAGUUUGGUACCACGUUUAUAAAGGAAGAAAGACUUUCUGGGUUAUUGAACCUACUGAGGAAAAUAUACUGAAGUAUGAAAAGUGGAUAUUGGAGGGGUCGCAGCAUGAAGCAUUUUUCGGUGAUCUUGUUGAUAAAUGUGCAAGAAUCGAAUUAUAUGAGGGUUACACCUUUAUUAUUCCAUCAGGCUGGAUUCAUGCUGUAUAUACUCCAGAAGAUAGCUUAGUUUUUGGUGGAAACUUUCUUCAUAGUUUUUCUAUUCCAAUGCAGUUACGAAUCAUCCGUUCUGAAAAUAUUCUUAUGAUUAAAGAGAAAUAUCGUUAUCCAAAUUAUAUGGAAAUGGUAUGGUAUGUGAUAGAAAAUAUUAUUAAGAAAGCAACCGGUCACAUCUACGAAAUUAAUAAAACGGACGAGAGUGUGUCGAGUAGCGAUCAGAAAAUCGAUAGUAAUACUUUAGAAGUAAAAACUGGUACUAACGCUAAUGCCGAUGACAUUAUAAUACAUGUGGAUAACGUAGCAGAAAAUGUUGAAAAUAAUGACAUAAAAAGAGAAGCAAGUGAAGAUAUUGCCGUAUACGAAGGAAAUGCAUCAGCAGAAGUAAAGGAGAGUACAGUGGAUUCAGCUGUAGUGCAGGUCAAAUCGUCAUAUAAAGCAGAAGAAAGCAGUUUGGUAUAUAAUGAUGAAUAUCUCGCAACAAUCGGCAAAAGGGAACGCGAAGGGUUUAAUUUAUUGCUAGUUUAUAUGCGAGAGAUUGUUAAGAAUCACAGAGACGCGACAGGUCAGGAGAAGGAUGAUUUGUUGGAUGUUUUUGAGAAAGUGUUAAGUCACAAAGUUCCCGAACAUUUUGCAGUCGAAAAAGAAAAGAAGAAGAGUGUUGAGCAGCAAAUUUCACCUAAGUUGAACCAAUGGUUGAAAGCUUUUGGGAAAAGUAAGUUGCCUACAGCCAAACGAAAAGUGCCUCCGAAGGAAAAAGCCAUCGAAAUGCAGCGGUUUGUGAGGCCUAAGCCACCGAAGUCAAAAGUUAAAAGCAACAAGAAGUCGGAUUGUCACAAACCUGAUGGACCAUUAAUUGUGGGUGGCAUUCCGCCAGCUAUCAUGCCAGCUGAUGCACCUCAAGCGCCUAACCCAUAUGGCUAUGAUCCUUUGGCUUCUGUUACUCCACUAGGACACAAACAACUACCUUCUGCUUAUAGGCGCACACCUGAUAUGGCAAAGGCCCCACCGAGUCAAAAAUUCCGUCUUCAGCCUCAACAACACAAAAUUGUCGUAGCAACUUCUGAAAAAAUGGAAGCUGUACCUGAAAAAGCUUCAGAUAGAUCGUGGUCGACGAGUAUUACAUCAGUACCUGGACCUUCAAAUUAUAAUAAAUCAAUAGAAUAUGAAGGAACUACUGCACAGGCUGAUGCCGAAAGGACUUUCCAUCAUAAUGAAUCAGCGCGAUCUCAUCGUGAUCGAGACAAAGAUAAUCAGCGUGAAAAUCGUCAUACUGUAAAGGAAGAAUAUCCAGAGUUACAAUAUCGAUCACCUCUAGUACGGCCUGGUCCAAGUAGUAAAGGAAUAAAUGUUGUUUCGAAACUUGGCCAUAAAUCGUAUCGAUAUCCGAAUAAGACUUUCAAACGACGAUAUACUGAUUCAUCUUCGGCCACUGACUGCUGGUCAACUGGAAACAGAGGCACGAGACGUGCAAGUGACUGUGAUUCAAAAAAAAAUGAAUAUUCAAUUUCUUGGCGCCCAGAAACACAUUAUAAAUCUAAUUCUGAAGAUGUGUCUGGUAUUUUCUCGGGAUCAUUUGCUCGAUCUUGUCCUGAGGAAAUGUCAACUGAAGUUCGGCAUAAUUAUUUAGUACCUGGUGAUCCUCGUCUUCCAUCCGCAGAAGGAUUAUCAAAAUGGUCACCUGCUACUAAAAUUGCACGUGUUACUAAAGAUAAUGAGAGAGGCAAAAACUCUCCGAUUGUUCAACCGACACGAGUUGUUGAGGCAUGUUUAAAUAGAACUUGGAAAAAAAAACGGGGUUUGAAUAUCAAUACGAAUAUUUCACCGUCAGGGUGUCAGAAGACGUCCUCUUCAGGAGGUCUCGUUGGAAGUUCGCAAUAUGUUCCGCUGCUGAAUCGUGAACGAAAUCCCACUCCAGCAUCAACUCCUCAUGCUGACAUCUCGACGCAGUGUGUCCUUGGAAGUGACCAUGGUACGGUUGCAGUGACAUCUUCGCUUCCUUUACCGGAUAGAUGUCCGGUCUCGUCUGCAGAAUCCCAUGGGAGUGCAGUAGUUGAACCUAUGAAGUCCGCAGAAGGAAUUAAAAAACCUGAAAUCCGCGACCUUUCAGUCACAUUGAAUGAAGACAAGGAAGAUGGUGCAGAAAUUAUGACAGCGACUGAAGAAUUAGCAGAAUUGACUAAGGUGUUUGAUGCAGACGAACGAGAUUCCGAGAAAGAAAGGACCGGAACCUUGAUGGUCGCAGUCGAACAAAGAAAGCUCAAGCGGCAGAACUGGAGUAGUUUAAAAAAGAUUGAUGACAGUGAAAAAAAUGAUUCGUCAUCCCCUGUCGAAAAUGUAGAAGCUAAUUCAGUUUCUCUACCACCGAAAUCAUCAAAAAUUCCAACCGAAACUGUUUUACAAAAUUUAAGUUCACUCACUGCGGAAUUUAAUGCUGUUGUGGAUUGA